AUGCAUGCCAGAUCUGCGGACUUUGAUUUUGAUCUGAGUGAUGCAUUGAAAGAAACUUCCUCAGUAAAGCAGAGAUGGGACCAUGUCACUACCACAACCAAGAGGCCUGGAACGACCAGAGCUCCGGCAAAGCCUGCAGGUGAUGAUUUUGACUUGGCUGAUGCUUUGGGUGAUCGAGAUGAUGGCCGCAGAAAGCAAAGUGCAGGAGGAGGAGAAUCUAUUGACCAUAUAACAUCCACCUCACCAUCCAUCUCAACCAAGAGGCCUGGAACGACCAGAGCUCCGGCAAAGCCUGCAGUUGAUGAUUUUGACUUGGCUGAUGCCUUGGAUGAUCGAAAUGAUCGAGAUGAUGGCCGCAGGAAGCCAAGUGCAGGAGGAGGAGGUUUUUCGGACAAGGAUCUUGAAGACGUAUUAGGGGGUGGUGACUACAAACCAGACAAGGGUAGAGGUGAUGGCGGGUAUGGCAACAAUGAUGACUCUGAAGCUGGAAUGUCACCAGAGACUGGCACCAUUGCCGGUGUGGCCAGUGCCCUGGCCAUGGCCCUGAUUGGCGCCGUCACCAGCUACAUCUCCUACCAGCAGAAGAAGUUCUGCUUCCGCAUCCAGCAUGCAGCAGAAGGUCAAGAGGGUCUCAAUGCAGACUACGUGAAGGGAGAGAACCUGGAAGCUGUUGUGUGUGAAGAACCUCAAGUGAAAUGCUUAGAACUGCCACCACAGUCUGCGGAGCCACCGCAGCCCCAGCCGCCUCGGAUCUGAGGGUCACUUGCAGCAGCCGCUCACAGUGGUCUUGCCACUGAGGACCAAGAUCCUUAUUUCAUUUGGACCCGCAGCUGCUGUACUGUUCCUUUGAUAUCAUUGGCUUCUCGUUGUUCUUAAGUUUUCUGGAUGAGCUCUUGGUGUUUGUGAGUUUGGUUUCUGUGCCCUGCAGACAGGAUGGUGGUGCCCUCCCUGCCACAGAUACCCUGAAAUCCAGCCGUGGGAGCUGCUGGGUCACCCACUCCCCAAAACUAGACAAUCCCAGGCCUUAGUGAGCUGGGGAGGGGGACCAAGCUGAGGGAAGCCAAGAGGACACUUGUGCUUAGGGGACAAGAUAUUGACCACAGGGUAGUGUGGUUCCUGACUCAUUGGCAGGUUUUUGCCAAAAGGCAGCCCUAGUGUGACCUCAGAGAACAAUCAGGGGGCCCAGCUAACAUACAGUGCUUAGAGCCCCUGCAAGGAACGAACCAGUGAACACCAGGUAACACUGGGCACACACGACACCCAGGGUGGAGGUGGGGGGUCAUUUCUGUCCUUUCCAAUUCCAGCUUUGACACUCACUGCUGGGCUUCCAGAGAGCUGGUCCAUGUGGAGACUUUACAUUUUACAUUUAUUUAAUUGCAAAAAUGCAUGCCAUGCUAGUCCUGCCCUCAGAGUUUAGGAAUUUUCUAGACAAGUACAAGCUGUGACUCUCAAAUCUAAUUCCCAUCUGAUUCCAUAGGGGACUGGAUGUGGUCUUCAGGCUGACAUGAUUAGUUUUUAGGAAUCAUUUAUGUACUAGAAAUGAAUUUAUCCCCCUUCCUUUUGUGUUCUUAUUUGGUAGCAAAAGAUACAGACAUCAAGAAUGAGUAUCAAAGCCAGAAGCAUGCUUGUUGUUUGCUUAGAAAUAUAUUUGAGGGAAAGGGGAGGGGAGAAGAGGGGAGGGAUGUUUGCUUGGUUUAGUGACAUAUGCCUGCCUUGGCAAGUUUAUAGAUAUACUGUCUGGCCUGUUGAUGAUGAGCACUGGGGGCCUGCUCACUGUGGGAAACACCAGAACCCAGGGACUGGCUCCUCACUUGACCUGGCACUAUCUUAUUUGGGCUGGAGCAGAGCUGACUUCCUGGAAUGUUCUCUUUGGCCCACAUGUGGUCCUGUUUCUGGGAGCUCUGCUGUCAGAGGCUGAGCUAGAGUAUAGAGUCACUGUCUAC